CGUGACUCCUAUUUUAUUCGGCUUCUGGAUUGAACAGCGCAAUUCCCUAAGCCAAACGGUGGUCCAUCUCUCUCGAAAUUUACACCGGAACAUCGGCAUAUACAAUGGCUCCUACACAGAAGUCCGGCAUCGCCACCGGCCUCAACAAGGGCCACGUCACCACCAGGCGCGAGCUCAAGGCCAAGCCCGUCAACCGCAAGGGGACGUUGGCCAAGCGCACAAAGUUCGUCCGCGACCUUGUCCGGGAAGUUACCGGAUACGCCCCUUACGAAAAGCGUAUCAUGGAGUUGCUGAAGAACUCUGCCGACAAGCGAGCGAGGAAGCUCGCUAAGAGGAGGCUCGGAACCUUCGGCCGUGCCAAGAGAAAGGUCGAGGAGAUGUCCGCUGUCAUUGCCGAGUCCCGUCGUGCUCACUAAACUGUUCUUGACGGUCUCAAUACAUUAUUGGAACGUCUUCGAAAGUCUUCACUUGUACGACUCUUUGUGUUUCUAUGCGGGUGUUUGCGAAAGUUUCGAAAGUCAGAGGGUCGGCCCUUGAGCGAAGGAGCGAGGGAAAGGGAAGGAAUGAGGAGGGAGGAGAGGGAGGAGAACGAGGUGGUUGUGUUUCCACGGCAUGAUAUCUGCGGAGAUUGCUUGAACGUGGGAUAUCGAAUGCGUCGAACUUCCCCUCCGGUGGGGAAGCCUUAUGGCUCGACUUUUCGGAAGUGAGGAUGCAGGGAAGGUCCGAGCAUCAGGAGGAGGGCGGACGUAGGGAAGCAGCAUGCUCUCAGGGACAUUAGCAUCACCGGAUUGGGAUCGCCAUUUCUGCCCUACUCUUAAUUUGAGCCAUGAACGCUGGGAUGCUCGUAAGGUUCAUGGAAUG